AUGGCGGAUCGCGCUCAACGUCAGCCCUCUGGGCUGCGGGCUGUAGCUAAUAACGCACCGUGGGUUCUGCUGACCGCGGAGUCUACUGCGUUUGUGCUGCUUGCCCAUUAUUCUCGAGUUAUGCCCCCCGCCGGCGGGAAACGCUACCUUACAUCUACGGCCGUCUUCCUAGUCGAAGUUGUCAAGCUGGCCAUCUCCCUCACAAUGGCCCUCUAUAACGUUUCGAAAACCGCUCCUCCCUCCAUGCCCGCCACCUCCCUUUUCUUCUCUCUCACAAGCGCGGUAUUCUCCGGCGAUAGCUGGAAAAUGGCUAUCCCGGCUGGUCUAGACGUCUUGUCUAAUUCGCUUCUCUACAUUGCGCUGUCGAACCUGCGCGCUGCGACGUUCCAGGUUACUUUCCAGCUGAAAUUCUUUACAACGGCCAUCUUCGGUCUGAUGCUUGUGAGACGGAGUAUUACAGCCCGGAAGUGGGGCCUGCUCCUGUUGCUCGUGGUCGGCGUGGCGUUGGUGCAGAUCCCCGAUGCAAGCACUGAGCAGAUGCUGCAGGAUGACCAUGCGAACCACUAUUUCCCUCGUUCGCUGGAGGAGUGGAAGGCUGUCAAGCAAGGCUCCGGCUCUGGCAACUCUGGCAGUAGUCUACACAAGCGGUCUGCCACGUACGAGGGUAUCGAAGAGGAUAUCCUUACUGCUGACCCGCAUCUGAACUCGACUAUUGGCCUCCUUGCAACUAUCGGUGCAGCUUUGGCUUCUGGGCUGGCUAGUACUUACUUUGAGAAAGUGCUCAAGGACAGCUCGAGCCAUAUCUCGUUGUGGGUUCGCAAUGUGCAGCUGGCUGUUUACUCUAUCUUCCCUGCUCUCUUCAUUGGAAUUGUUUUCCGUGAUGGCGAGAAAAUUGCCGAAGAUGGCUUCUUCCAGGGUUACAAUUGGGCGGUGUGGUCUACCAUCGCUAUCCAGGCUCUUGGUGGCAUUUUCUCAGCCUUUUACGUCAGCCAUGCGCAGAAGGAUGCAAGGAGUUUGGCGACAACCGUCAAUAUUAUCCUGAGCAUUAUCGGGAGUGUUUGGUUCUUUGAAUUUGAGCUUACUGCAAGCUUUCUCCUGGGCUCGGCUGCAGUGCUGGUAGCAACCCACUACUACGGCAACCCAAGCUUCACUCCCACAGUCGGCGGCUCUCGCCCGCCUCCAAUUCGUGUCGACACGUACGAAAAGGACGUCGGAGAACCCGACGGCUCCCCUGUCGUUCCCACAUCCAACGAAUUUUCUAUCAAACUUCCAACCACUCCAUUCCUAUCAGACGGUGUGUCAUCAUCUCGUCCGACUUCCCCAGCGCCAGGCCACGCUAGGUUAAGCUCUAGCCGGAAUGUAAGUACAAGCAGCUAUUUCGACGAGAAAUAA